UUUUUCUUACGGUUCUUCUUCGCGUAACUCAAUUGCUACCAAUUGUCCUCAAUUGCACUCAAUUGCUACUUUCUGAAGCUUCUGCCUACAUUCCACAUCUAUUUGUAGGCUUGCUACUCUCGUCGGAAUUGAAAAAUCACUGCUAUAAAACCCUUUUCAGAUGCCUGUCCCGUCAACUUCAGACUGGUUUGCCCCAAUUCCGCUAGCUGACUACCGUCAAAUCAACGAGUUAAGCGGAGAAAACGUUCCGGCCGAAUCACCUAUCGAUGAGCCUCUAGGGGGUCUUGAUGUGAGAUGUGGACCAAUUCUUCGUCUCGCCGGCACUUUGGAGAAUGGCCUGACCAACUACCGUGGAUCUAUCAUGAUCGUUGUGAAGGACAACAAAGAUUCUGUGGUCCCUCCAGUUUCGUAUAAGAUCGGCCCUGCUUCUGAAAAAGACGGCUCGGCUGACUUAGUUAAGUCCGGCGAGUUUCCAGGUACCAAUUACCACGAGCAAGACGGCUUCUCUUUCUUCAGAUACGACAUCGACUUGCAGUUGACUCUGUACGAACAGAAUGUGAAGUAUUUCAUUAACAACCACUACAAACAGUCCUUCCAGUUUUUUAUUCCGGCUGUUGAUGAAUCAAUGAAUGUUGUUUCCUUUUCAUGUAACGGUUUCUCACUUGCUACCUCUACCAGCGAAUACAAGUCUUCUCUCUGGUAUGACGUCUUGGCCAAACACAGCGACCAGCACUACCACGUCAUGCUCGGAGGAGGUGACCAGAUCUACUGUGACUCUGUCAAGUUAAAUUCGACUGAAUUGCUGAGAUGGAUGACCGAGCUGUCUUCCCAUAAAAAGAAGCAUAUGGCAGCUACAGAUCUCUUGUUGACUGAAUUGAACAAUUAUUACUUGAACCACUACUUGGCCUGGUUUGGUAAGGGGUUCUGGACUGGAAAAAACGGGAAAACCUUGCAGCGACUUUUUCCGUUAACUAUGGCCCAGAUUCCCUCUGUCAACAUCUUUGAUGACCACGACAUCAUCGAUGGGUUUGGCUCGUACCAUGAUUCUACCAUGGCUUCUCCAGUGCUCUCUACGGUAGGAACGGUAGCUUACAAAUUCUAUAUGUUGUUUCAGCAACACACCAGCAUAGAGGAGAAAGCUCACGAAAGCGACCCUAGCUGGAUCCUUGGCUCUGGACCGGGUCCUUAUAUAAAACAAAAGAACCACUCCGUCUAUGCUCGUCUUGGCAAGGAAAUCGGCUUGGUAGGUGUGGACUGUAGAACCGAGAGAAAGUUGAAACAAGUAGUUUCUCCUUCCUCAUACAAGAACAUCUUCAGUAGAUUGAAGAAGGAAGUCGCGGCAGCUCCUGAGAUCAAGCACUUGCUUGUGAUGCUUGGUGUUCCCAUUUUCUAUCCUCGUCUUGUCUGGCUCGAAUGGUUGUUGACCUCAACAGUUUUAAAGCCUGUGCGUGCCUUGGCUGCUAAAGGUGUCAUCAACAAGGGUUUGGUCAAUGAAUUUGACGGUGAUAUCGAAGUCUUGGACGACUUGAAUGACCAUUGGUGUUCAAAACAUCACAAACGGGAGCGUAACCAUUUCAUCAAUGAGUUACUCCAGUUUGGUGCUUCAAGCGGGGUCAGAAUCACAAUCUUGUCAGGUGAUGUACAUUUAUGUGCUAUCGGCAGAUUCAAGACCAAAUGGCAUCACCAUCCACAUGCCCAUUUGAUCAAGGGAGAGAAUAUCGAAGAACUCAACGAGCAAAUUGCUCUGAGACCGGAAUACGACCCUCGGUUGAUUUUCAACAUCAUUUCAUCGGCGAUUAUCAAUGCUCCUCCUCCAGAUGCCAUGGCUGGGCUUUUGAACCGUAGAAGUAAGAUCCACCAUUUCGACAAUGGUGUCACUGACGAGGAUAUUGUUCCCAUUUUCCUCAAUGACGUUGACGGUUCUCCCAGAGAAAACCAGCAGUUCAUGAACAAGAGAAACUGGUCAGAUCUCAUCAUCGCCAAACAGUCCAAGUACAAAACUAAAAUCACCAGCGAUUCUGCUGAAGAGGUGGUAAGAAAGUUCCCACGUCCAGUAUUUGACGACGGAACUGAGCCGAAAAAUGACCUCAAUAAAAAGACUGCCAAUGAACGUUUUAUUGAAUAUCCACUCUAUGACGACUCACUUGUUACUACUCUACACGUGGAACAGGAACCAAACAACUACGAUGCACCCACAACCGGAUACGAAGUGUUCAUUCCAAAGUUGGCUGGCAGCUUCAAGUUGGAUCCUACAAGUGUCAAGCACCUUCACUGAGAAGUUCAAUUUUGCUGUCGUGAUUCUGACUUGGACGAAAAGUUUAAGCGUAAUUAAUAUUUGCAAGUCUUCAUUUAAUGCCUAAUGUUAAUUUUAACAUUAGUUACCGGACGUGGUCUGGUGUCCAUAUUGCUGGCAUGGCAAGUGUCAAGCCUCAUUUUUGUAUUUCUACUUCGACUCCACAUACUUCAGUUGCGGAGCGGGGUCUUAAUUUCUUUGUAAAAGUAACUUCUUGUACUAUCUUUGUUUGCUGAAAUCACUUGAUGCUAUUCCUGGUUAUGUUAAAAUUCCUCGCUGGUGGGAGAUAAACGACGAAAAUGCAGCCGUAUCUACAAAAACAUUGACACUGUUGACGCAUCGUUCUUUGUCUCCUCAUUCGAGGACAGCCAAAAAGUUAGUUGCUUCUCAAGUUUUCAUUUCUGUAAUUUAAUUAACUAAUUAUAUGAUUCCAUUAUGU